UCGUCAUGGCAGCUGUUUGUGCUUCUUUCUGUUGUGAUGUGCUGCUUUGAUCGGUGAUCGGCUGGUUUAAUGACUACUUUCGCCCGAUCCCACUGAAAACUAUACCCUCAGCGCUGCACAAGGCGGUCAUCAUGUUCAUUUACUUGAGCAAGAAGAUUGCCAUCCCCAACAACACAAGAAUUCAGUGUUUAGCGUGGAACAGAGAACAUGGUUAUAUAGCUUGUGGAGGCGACAAUGGGCUGUUAAAGGUGCUCAAGUUAGAAACGGAAAAAGACGGAAAAGUCAGGGGCCUCGCAGCUCCGAGCAACCUGUCUAUGAACCAGACACUAGAAGGACAUAGUGGAGUGGUGCAGGUUGUUGCUUGGAACUCGCAGUUUCAGAAGCUAACAUCUAGUGAUCAGAAUGGGCUCAUCAUAGUAUGGAUGCUCUAUAAAGGAUCAUGGUAUGAAGAAAUGAUCAACAACAGAAACAAGUCACUUGUUCGGGGCAUGGCGUGGAAUGCUGAUGGUCAGAAGAUCUGCAUUGUCUAUGAUGAUGGUGCUGUGAUUGUUGGCUCAGUGGAUGGGAACCGUAUAUGGGGCAAGGAACUGAAGAAUUUGCAUCUGCAUUUAGUGGAAUGGUCUCCCGAUGGGAAGUUCUUGUUGUUUGGAAUGCAGAAUGGCGAAGUUCAUGUUUACGAACAAGGCGGCAAUCCUGUGUCUAAGAUUCCGCUGCCACUUUUGCACGGUUCUGGUGGGACAAAGCUGAUCGGGGUGCACUGGUACAGCAGGUGUAUGCCUGAGCCCGGCUGUCCUGUCCUGGCCAUAGGCUACGAUAAUGGGAAAGUUCAACUGAUGAGCAACGAAAGUGAUGACUCUCCGCUUGUCUUGGACACAGACAUGGUCGCCACAUGCCUUCAGUGGAACCAUGAUGGGAGUAUGUUGGCUGUUACAGGGAAAAGUUAUGGCUCUGAGAGUGAGAAAAGAAACAUGGUCAAGUUCUUCAACCCUUAUGGCCAGUACCUUCACACAUUGAAAGUUCCCGGCAAGGAAAUAACCGCCUGUGCUUGGGAAGGAAUGGGACUUCGUAUCGCCUUGGCCGUGGAUUCGUUCAUAUUCUUUGCCAACAUACGCCCUGACUACAAGUGGUGCUUUUUGGCAAACACUGUGGCCUAUGCAUUCAACAAGGCAGACCGCAUUGAAAGCACAGUGAUCUUCUGGAAUACCAACACAAAUGAGAAAUAUGUAAAGUACAUAAAGCACCUGCAGAAGAUGUGUGCCAUGGGCGAAUUCUGUACAAUUGCCACUCGGGAAGAUGGGAACAGUCCAAAGUAUGCUCUGAUCGUGUGUAACUCCAUAGGCACACCAGUGGACAGCAUAACAACAGAAGUGGAGCCCCUGCACCUGUCCAUGACCGAAUCGCAUGUGUUCGCCGCAUCCAGGGACCAGAUCUUUGUGUGGCGCUUUCAGACACCUAGAGGGCGCACUGUGCUUGAGCUCUCUGGACAGCGCAGCAAGCCUGUACUCGAGAGGGUCAUACAUAUCAAUGAGGCUCCCACGGAAGGAGAGAAUUCAGACGACGUAGAUAAAAUUUAUGAAGCAAAGAAGAAGCAUCAGUUUCAGGUCAAUACAGACCCGAUAUGCUGCCUUGCUGCAUCGGAGAAAAUGUUCAUUGUGGGGCGAGAAUCAGGGACGUUUCAGCGCUACUCCAUGCCACAGCUGAUGCUCGUUCAGAAAUACGCCAUCUCCUGUCGACCCAACAAAAUCGCGCUAAACUGCACAUCUAGUCGAAUGUCAGUGAUAGACAUUACGGGCUGCUUACUCCUCUAUGACUUCGAGGCCAGGUCUUCGGAAGGAGAACAGCUGACCUUUGAACGCCGAGAUGUUUGGGACGUCAAGUGGGCAAAGGACAACUCUGAGCUGUUUGUGUUGAUGGAAAAGACUCGCAUGUACGUCUUCCGCAACUUGGAUCCAGAGGAACCGGUCAUGUCGAGUGGAUACAUUUGCAGCUUUUCAAAUUUGGAGAUCAGAACUGUCCUUUUGGAUGAAAUCAUGCAAGAUCCAGAGAACCCACGCCAGGAAUUUGUGUGCAACAUGGAAGCAAAGUCUUUGAGAGAUUCUAGAGACCUCUUAGCCAAGGUGGGCAUAGAGGAGGCGACACAGUUUAUUGAAGACAACUCCCACCCAAGACUGUGGCAACUUCUGGCUGAAGCGGCCCUGCAGAGAAUGGACUUUCAAACGGCGGAAACGGCUUUUGUGCGUUGCCGAGAUUACCAGGGAAUCCAGUUUGUCAAGCACAUAGCCACUUUGCCCAAUGAAGAUAUUCGCAAAGCAGAGGUCAAGGCAUAUUUCAAGCAGUUUGAUGAUGCCGAGAAAAUAUACCUGGAAAUCGACAGAAGGGAUCUGGCCGUGUCCUUACGCAAGAUGCUUGGAGACUGGUUCCGCGUUGUCCAGCUCCUGAAAAGCGGCAACAGUGGCACAGACGACAGGCAGCUCGAGGAAGCCUGGAAUGCAAUAGGGGACUACUACGCAGACAGGCACAAAUGGGACAAUGCAAUCACAUACUACAAGCAAGGGCAUAACCAUGGUCGCUUGGCUCAGGCUUAUUUUGCCAUGGAAGAUUACAAUGGUCUGGAGAACCUCAUGAAGAGCCUGCCAGAGGGGCAGCCGCUGCUGAAUGGCAUCGGUUCUAUGUUUGGAUCUGUUGGCAUGUGUAACCAGGCUGUGGAGGCAUAUAAGAAGUGCAAUGAAGUGAAAGCAGCUAUCGACACAUGCGUGUCCCUCAAUGAGUGGAACACAGCAAUUGAGCUUGCCAAGGAGUUCAACGUACGGGAAAUCGACACACUCUUGGCUCAGUAUGCACGGCGCCUUCUGGACGAAGGGAAGAUUCUUAGUGCUGUUGAGCUGUACCGAAAAGCAAAUCGUUUUCGGGAUGCUGCCCAACUGAUGUUCAAGGUUGCAGCUGAAGAAUCAAAAAAGAACCAUGCUCCGUCUCUUAUGAAGAAGAUAUAUGUGCUUGGAGCCACCUUGGUUGAAGAGCAUCGCAUGUUAUCGCGCAAGACAUCUAGGACCACAGGAAGCACGAAAGGCACAAAAGAGGCUAGCCUGGCACUGAAUGCGCUGAUGUCCGAUGACGCUAAGGGGGCAGGCACGUUCCAGCCACUGGACCAACCAUGGAGAGGUGCAGAGGCAUUUCAUUUUUACCUGCUCGCUCAGCGACAGCUCCACGAAGGUUUUGUUGAUGCUGCAAUGAGAACGGCUCUCAAUUUGAGGGAGUAUGAAGACAUCCUGGAUGGUUCUGAAAUAUAUGCACUCUUAGCGCUCACAAGCUGCGCAAAUCGUUCUUUUGGAACCUGCUCCAAGGCCUUUGCAAAGUUGGAGUCCCUGACAACAUUGACUGCCGACGAAAGGCAGGCCUUCCAGCAGCUGGCAGUGGACAUAUUCACCAAGCACUCUAGAAAUGACUCGAGGAAUGUGAAGAACGAAUGCCCAAACUGUGAAUCAACUGUUUCAGAAUGGACAACCACCUGUUCAAGCUGUGGGAGCAAGCUCCCCGUCUGCGUUGCCACCAGCCGAGUGCUGAAGGACCCGAGCCAGCAGUGGACCUGUCCCCUGUGCCGACACAGUGCUUACAAGCAGGACGUCUUGCAUCGGCACAGCUGUCCCCUGUGCCAUGCACCCAAGACGAGUGUCGCUUAGUACACUUGACCUAGCCACCACUCACAAAAUGUUUUGAGAGCAUGUUAUCUGAGAAAGAACAGAGCUCUUUAGCAGCCAGUGAAUCCCACCUUGAAUAUCGAAACUUGCAGUGCAUGCAUUCCUCGGACGACCACCACACUACUGAUGCAGAUUUCAGGCUGAUUGGGGAAGUAACUUGGAAAUGUAACUUUUCCAUAAAUUCCAUACUCUGCAAACUUUUGUGGUCAGGUGUGACUUUUGCUGGCUAACCAAGUUUGUCAGUUGCUUCCUUCACUGGAAUUGGUCUUGUUUGUAGCUUGAAGGCUGUGCCUUAAAAUGCCACAUACCACAUUAAAGGGCCCCUACAACACUUCUUGAGCAUGCUAAAAUAAAUAGGCCUAGUCGCUUUAUAUACAGUCCUCUCAUGAACACCUUAGCCAAACAUUAUUCCAAGUAUACGGUAUUACACUUGGACCUAGAAUUUUGCCCGAAAUACUGCUUACAUACACCUUCAAGUUCUUAAAACCGCUGCCACUUUUCACUGUUUGCUGCAGUGCUGUGACCAACACAACAGAUGUAGACCAGAUUUGUUUAAACUUCACAAUUAGAGAGUGCUUGCUGAAAGGAUCAAUGAUGGAGAAAUGUCACGAGUAAUAAUACGGUUGUGGCAGGUGGUGGCAGAGAACAAUGACACUGCCGAUAUAACGGCCUCUGAAGUCAGGCAACACAACGGACCAAUCUCAGAGGACAUGUUGAUACCAAAUGCCAGCUUUAUAAUCGGCAAAGCAACAUGAGCAUCCUCCUCCAUUGGCACAGCAGCGGAGUUCUGGCUAUAAGUAAACAGUGAAAUAAAUAGAAAUACUGAAGGCGUGACAGAGGUAGCACCUGACUGCCCAUAACUAUGCCCAUGCAGGAUGCAUUCAUAAACUUUUUGGUUAGAGAUGAUUUGUGAUGUCACAUCCUUUACUACCAGACCCAUUCGGCAUCUUUCUUGAAAGCUAUUGAGAGGCCCCUUUAAAUGUGAAGCAAAGAUUUAAGUGAAGCAAACCUUAUUAUAACAAGCAUGCUACUGUCUUUUGAUGGCCAUAUUUCAGAAUGAAGAAUGUUAUUGUAUUUAAAGAGAAUCCAGUUGUAAAUGCAAACUCCCACUUUUAGGGUAUGAGGUACUGAGGAAAGGGUUUGCUUACUUUCAUAUCAAAAUAGUGCCCUGUGCAAAUUGUCAGUUUCAAAGAAACUUUAAAGGGUACUUGUAUGCGAUCUCCAGUUAUAAACAGAUUAAUAGUGCUAUGUAUGUGGUUUGUUCACCUGAGCGUUAAGCUCUGUGCUUGCCUAUAUGUGUGUGUGUUUGAACAUUUGUGGUUUUGCUGAAACCUGCUUUGUUUUUUUUUUUUGUGCCUGUAACAUGUGCAGAGUUCUUUUGUUAUUGGUUUCGGGUCAUUUUUCGCACUGUUGCGAUAGGUAUUUGCAUGGCAUUUAGCCACACUUUAGUGCCUCGCAUGUUUGAUAUCGAAUAUCAGAUAUGAUAACUUGUGGUCUGUAAUAUAGUACUAGUGCCUUCAAGAGUGAACUGUAGUUACUUGUAACAGUGUGCUGCCUUUCUUCCAAAGUUGUACAAUCUUUGUUGAGCCCAGUGCCUUGGUGAGCACUCAUGUUUUUCUUGUUUUUUUUUUCUUCUUCUUACUAGAGCUGUAUAGGAUGUCAUAAGAGCGAAACCACGUUUGGCCCGUGUUUUUCUGAGCACUUACCUUUUUACAUUUUCUUCUGCAACUGUACAAUCUUCUGAGAAGAGAUGUAUUUUUUUCUUUUUUCCAUAGUCUGAAGUAAGUCUGGAGCAACAGCCAGUGCCAUGUGCUCAAAACCAAGCUGCAAUUAAGUACAGUGAUUCAGUUCUGCACAUAUAUUUGCUUUUUUGCAUGUAUCCUCUGAUUUGUGGGUUUCACAUAUACAGUCAAACCUGCUUAUAACAAACUUGAUAGUUCCCCGAUAAGUGGUCCUUGUAUCAGUUGUUUGUUAUAUGUGAACUCGCCCUGCAACACGUGCAAAAAUUAACGACGCUGAAGCUGGCUUGAACAGUUAUGAUUCGACACUAUUUCUGUCUGAAAAUUGGGUUUUUAUUACCUUCAUUUUUGUUCCUGGCUUCAUCUAGCAUCUAGCUGAAGUUCUUAUUAAAAACUUCAUCUAAAGAAAGAAAUAUGGUGUCAUAGCUUUUUCAAAACAGUGCCCAGCUGGUUCCGGUCGCCUGGCAUUUCAAAAGUAUGAGCACAGUCACUGCGAUUAUUUCUUCGAGAGCUUGUGAUAUAUUUUACUAUCAGCUUGGCAUCAGUGAGCUUUGCGUACAAUAACAAAAUGUUUCAGUCAGCUGGAAGCACAAACUACUACAGCAUGCUGGCAUUUUGCAAAGGUCUUGCCAUUAUGGCUGCAGCAUUGGCCACAUGUGCGCCGAGGGCUGCGAAGCUGCAUUUUCUAUGUUUGUUUGGCUAAAAAAGUGUGCAGUUCGAAAGGCAAAAUGCUGUCGCAAACCUUGGUCUCUUGAUAACGAUGCAGUAACUUCUGACUCUUGGCAACUUUGCAUGGCAGUGAUACAUCGUGGCGAAUUCACGCCGGCUGGGUGUAAAUGCGAUGACAAUCGUGCCCAAGGCGCUUGCUCAUUUCACUGGUUGUAUCUUUGUCACAGUUGGUCUUAAGCAGAGGUGUGCACUGCCAAGUACCCAGUUUGGAUGUACUUCCAUACUUCGAAACUUUGUGUGAGCCCUCAUUUUACCAUGAAUGGGUUUGAAGUGUCGUUGUAACAGUAUGUCGCUUUUGAAAACGUUUGUUAUAUCUGGUCGCAGUUUCUGCAUGCGGGGUUGUAAGAUCGUAAGUGCAGUGAAAUGUGCUUGUUAUAACCAAUAAUUCGUUAUACCUGGGAUCGCUAUGAGUGGGUUUGGCUGUAGUGGUGUUGUGCUGGCUGGCAUGUUGAAUUGUAGCACAUAAAUUCUUUGCGAGACUUCCUAAUCUUAAGCACAAACUAUUGUGUGAGAAUGCUUAAAUGCUCUUACUUGGCAACAUCUACACUAUUUAAAGUUAAUUGGUUCUUCCUUGCUAUAAGGCACCAUUGUUCAUGUAAUAUCGCUGCUUUGUGUGCACAGCCAAAGCUGAUCUCAGUUGACACUAACAAAGACAUACCAAUGACCAUCAACAUCACAAGGAAUUUGCCUCUCAGAACAUUGCACUAAAGAGUACUGAUAACUUGUACUUCACCCUCUCCAGUAGCUGCAGCCUUUUUAAAAUUUGUCUCGAGUGGAGUACCCGCUUGAGAAGCAAUGAGAUAUCAAUACUUAUCAUUCAUUGUAAAACUCGAAUUGUUGUGGUCUCAAAGAUUUGUGCUGUGCAAUCUAUGUUGCAAUAGUGCAAAGGUUGAUAAUAUGCUGCAAGUAUUUUUAGCUCCAACUUGUUCAGCCAUUCUGCUUUUAUAAAUGACUCUGCAAUUAUGUUUAUGACAGCAGCAUGUACUAGACAUUAACUUUCUUGUCCAACCGCAGAUAUUAAGGAUUGCUCACUCUAUUUGGUAGCUGUUGCCAUGCAAAGGGACAGGCUAAUGGGCGUACAGUGUUCUGAGUAUUUUGUACCUGCCUUGAAAUAAUAUUCAUGCUUUAAAAUUUGUUUCAUUUUCCCAUAUGCAUACAUUUUUGUCAUUUGGAUGUUGUCAUCUUUCUUCCUGCUUGAGAAGGAGUGUACUAUAUGGAGCUGCGAAAUGUGAACUGAUGACUUACACCGCCCAGAAAGGUAGUUGCACAAUCUUGUGGUGUAACGGAUACCCUUUUAUGACAUUGCUAAGUGUCAAUCGAUCUCUUGCACCCCAAAAAGGCAUCAGUUACAUUAUUUUGUGGUCUGACACCCUUUUAUGAUGCUAAUAGGCGUUUAAGCAAUCAUCUAGACCCCCCAAAAAAAUUUUACACCAUUGCGUGAUGUUUACCAAUGCCCUUCCUGAAUGUGCAAGCCAAAGAAUGCACCUUAUGUUAGAAACUCUAUGGGAUACCCUUAUUAUGUUCUGUACUAUGCUGAAAUGUCAGAAUUUAGCUAGAGUUGAGCUUUUGUCUUCAGCUGCAUUGUACAGUAAGGCAUCACCUUCAUUGCCGAAUCGUAGAGGCUGAUUUUUGCUUUCUCCAGGCCUUCAGCAUAGAUCUCCGACGACGCACACUAUUUGCUUGCAUGCUGAAAGCUGGUCUGACACUUCAGCCUAGUUUGCCUCCUAGUUCUUGCUGGUUACCAACUUCAAGUGAGUGUGUGUGUUUCUUUUGGUCUACCCAAGUGCCGUCAUGUGAGCAUCAUGUCAGAUGUCUGAAUUGCACUAAAAAUGAUUAAAUAUCUGCCCUGUA